UUUUCGUAUGCGUGCUGAUGUAAACAAGUCAGGAAAUUACAUCGCACGCGAUUACGCUGCACAUUUGAGGAAAACGCACUUGAACGACGUACUAAACCGAAAUCAAACCAGACUUUCGACACCUGAAAUAAGUAAUCAUGUACGCGGUGAGAUUGCUUUCUCGUGGGGCGCCAUCAUGCGCCGUGUUUGCUGCUCGAGGUAUCGCAACUGCUCGAAGUAGUGGAAUGGCUGUUGGGAGGAGAGCUUUUCAGACGGAGGCAAGAAGUGGAUGGCGGACUUGGGAGGCUGUGGAGAAACCGCCAGGAAUAACAGCCGAGACAACUGGCCGUGCACUAGUUGGUGGUGCUGGAUUAGUUGGGCUUGGCGCCCUGUGCUACUAUGGCCUGGGGUUAUCCAGCGAAGUUGGAGCCAUCGACCGCUCAGUGAUGUGGCCUCAGGUUGUGCGUGAUCGUAUUCAUGCCACAUAUGCUUACUUUGCCGGAAGCCUGGCAGUGACUGCGGGAGCAGCAUACUCCAUCAGUCGCAGUCGAGCAGUAUACACCAUGAUGCGCGCCAGCCCUUUGUUGUUUGUUGGUGGAGGAAUGUUGGCAACCAUUGCAUCAUCCAUGAUUUGCAUGAGCUUGCCUUAUGAGGCCGGUCUUAAUGGCAAACAUUUCGCUUGGCUUGCUCACAGCUCAUUGGUGGGCACCAUUCUUGCUCCCAUCAUGCUCCUUGGUGGUCCUCUUGUGGUGCGAGCUGCUGUAGUUACAGCAGGUGUUGUUGGUGCACUAUCACUCACUGCAGCUUGCGCCCCUGAUGGGAAGUUCCUGACAUGGGGUGGCCCUCUGGCUAUUGGUCUUGGAGGUGUGGUUAUGGCCUCACUUGGCUCCCUCUUCUUACCAGCAACAACGGCAGUUGGUGCCGGCCUUCAGGCGAUUACUACGUAUGGCGGCCUAGUGAUUUUUGGGGGAUUCUUGUUGUAUGACACUCAGAAGAUUAUCAGGCAGGCUGAAACACACCCUUUGUAUGCAUCAAGGCCAUAUGACCCUAUUAAUGCGUCAAUUGGCAUUUACAUGGAUACUAUCAACAUCUUCAUAAGAAUUGUGACCAUCAUGGCAUCACAGAAUAAUAGAAGAAGAUGAGACAAAUUUACAUCCAUGUGAGUGAAGACAAAAUAUACACCUCAAGUUCUUGUCUCAGCGGACUGGAAUUCAAGUAUUUAUGAGGGAAAGCAAGUAUGAAGUAGAAUUUAACUGCUGUGAUUUCAAGAUUGCUUAUCUUGGUUAAAAAGCAAGAAACUACUUUACUCAAACCCAAAAACUACCUUUCUUUUGAAUACUAUAACUGGAAGUUUUGCUUUUUGUUUAAUGCAUAGCUUUGUAUUGAAAGUUAAUAACAAAAACAAUAGUUUAUUAGCUUAGAACAUCAAGAUGUCUUAUAUUACCAAAUGGUUUUUAGUCAGUGUUGUAUUCUGGUUAAUAAACAAUAUCUUAAUAUUCUUUAAGGAUAUAUGUUUUUGCUCUUCUCUUCAACAGACAAUACAUACGGUAAUACUAACUGAUGUACUGUAGUUUAGUUUCCUUCAAGUUCAAAUAAAUAAAUUAUCAAUAACAUGG